GCUUCCCUAAGAAGACGUAUUCCAUAACCUAAUUGAGCACAUCUGCUGUGCCCCAAGAGAAUGUUUUCAGAAUUACAUAUUAUGAUGUAACUUACCAGGCCAUUUUGGAGAUGUUUUAUUAGAUAAAAUUGUUUAAAGUUUGAGAAGUUAUUAUAAAAAGGGUAAUUUUUUUCAUGGUUGAGAUAAGAAAUUUAAGAAACCUAUCUAGAUGAUCAUCUGGGGGAGAAGAGCUAUUUCAAAUGUAUUCAUCAAUGAUGCCACUUAUGCAGGAGUUAUAUAUUUAUCAGAGGUCUUUUAAAAACCUAUUAUUUUAAUCAAUGAUUCUUAGUAUUAUAUAUAAGAGCCAUAGGGUUUCUAUUGCUUUUUUUAAAGUGGUCAAUUUUUAAAUAUCUCUUUUAAUUUUCAUGAGACGUCAUGGAAUAACUGAGAACCUGAAGCACUUUUCAAAAGGUACUUCUUGACAAUUUAUGAUGAAAAGGUGGGGUCUUUUCUUCAGGAAAGUGAGGCAUUGCUUCUUUCUCAGUACUUAGUGGAGGAGAGAAUGAUAUAUAUGAGCAAUGUAAUGCUGUCAUUUCAACUGAGUCAGCAGUGCAUUCUCUUCUCUCUUUUCUGAUUCUAGAAGCACCAAGCCAAUGACUGGGAGAGGAAAUAUUACAGAGGUCACUUAUUUCAUCCUUUUGGGAUUCUCUGAUUUCCCCAGAAUCCUAGCAGUGCUCUUUGUUGUAUUCCUGCUCAUCUACAUUAUGACUCUGACUUGGAACUUGUGCCUCAUCAUCUUAAUAAGGAUGGACUCUCACCUCCACACACCCAUGUACUUCUUCCUCAGUAAUCUGUCCUUCAUGGAUAUCUGCUAUGUGACCUCCACAGCCCCCAAGAUGCUCUCCAGCUUUUUCCAAGAGCAGCAAACUAUCACCUUUGUGGGUUGCACCGUUCAAUGCUUUGUUUUUUCAAUCAUGGGACUGAGUGAGUCUUGUCUCAUGACAGCCAUGGCUUAUGACCGAUAUGCCGCCAUUUGUAAUCCUCUUCUCUAUUCAUCAGUCAUGUCACCCACCCUCUGUAUUCGGAUGGUGCUGGGGUCCUAUCUGGCUGGAUUCUCUGGUUCUGUAUCCCUGUUGUGUGCCAUACUUCAGCUUCACUUCUGUGGGCCUAAUGUCAUCAACCACUUCUUCUGUGACAUGCCCCAGUUGUUAGUCCUGUCCUGCACUGACGCUUUCUUUGUGCAACUCUUGACUGCUAUAUUAACAAUGAUCUUUGGGAUAAUAAAUGCCUUCAUCAUCAUGAUAUCCUAUGGCUAUAUUGUCAUCUCCAUCAUGAAGAUCACUUCAGCUAAAGGCAGGUCCAAGGCUUUCAACACCUGUGUUUCUCAUCUGACAGCAGUGUCCCUCUUCUAUACCUCAGGUAUGUUUGUCUAUUUGAGUUCCAGCUCUGGCGGCUCCUCCAGCUUUGACAGAUUUGCAUCAGUAUUCUACACUGUGGUUAUCCCCAUGUUGAAUCCCUUGAUUUACAGUCUGAGGAACAAGGAAAUCAAAGAUGCCUUGAAGAGGCUGCAAAAGAAGAAAUGUUCCUGCUGAGGUCCUGUCCAGAUUUGUCCCAUCAGAAACCUUAAAACAAUAUGCACAUGAAUGAACUAUAACAAAAUUCAUAGUGUCUUUGUAUAAAGAAAGCUUAAUUUGACACAGAUAAUAUGCCAAAUGGACUGACAUGUGACUUGAUUCCACACAAACACAGUACAUUUAAGUCCUGGAACUUCAUACUUUUGCCCUACAUGAAUAGUGGCCUCAUUUAUAAGUAAUCUGCAAGUAUUUGUAAAAUUUUAAGGUUUAGAAACCUGUCACUUUUUGCUUCGGAGAUUGAGCCCUGUUCAGUCUCAAACCUCGCAUUGUAAAAGAGUGAUACCUGACAGAUGCCCCCAGGAAUGUAGAAACCUGUCUCCCAAAUAUUUUGAUGCAGUGUAAUCAAGACAUGAUGGUGAUUGAUGUUUAUUCUGUGUUUCUGACCAUAAUGGGAGAGAAUAGAGAAAGGGGAUGUGCCUUUGAAAAGAAACGAAACUAUACAAUUAGCCAGUUGUGUCUUCUGGGAAGAGCAGUCUGAGAUAGCUAAUGUUUGUCUAAGGCCUUUUUCAGGGCUAAUCAUCUAUUAAGAUUUGGUCACAUUACCAGGUGUAAUCUAAAGAAGCGGGGGGUGAUUUGAAUCAUAAAGAGUAAUGGAAUGAAGGAUGUGGUCCCUUCAGUAGCAUUUAUUUAUGAGUUUGAUGUUUUAAUUCUUGAAUCUUAUGUCCAAUGUGGAUUUCUGGGGGGAGAUGCUGUGCAAAAUUCAUGUCAACUAAUAGAAAUUUCUGAUACUGUAGGACUCAAACCUCUUUCCCCCAUUAAAUCUGGAAAAUUUGCCCUGUUGACAUAGGCAAUGGGAUCACACUACCAAAUUGUUCUGGUAUUUUAAGCAUCUGUUCAAAUUUGGUGUGAGGAGAUUUGUGUGAGAAUUCAUUGUAAUAAUAUAGUUACUGAACGUUCAAUGUUUGCAGAGACU